UUGUUGAUACAUAUUCCAAUUUGUUAUUAAAAAUAGAUACUUUUCUAUUAAAAUGGAAACAGAAGCAUUUAAUUUUUACGGAAGAUGUAGAUUUUGCCACAUUGAAGGCAGCCACAGGGACCUAACGAAGGAAUACACUCAGAAUGGAUACCGGGAAGUUUAUUACGAUAUUUUUCAAGAAUGUUUCAAUUUAUACCUGUGCAUAGUGUCUAAACAGAGUAGGUUGAUAUGUACGACAUGUGUGAAACAGCUGCAGGAAGCUAACAGUUUCCGCUCCAUGGUCAUCCGAGCUGAGCAGGACCUGGUGGCAGCGAUGAGCAAGGAGCCAGUGUUUAUAAGCAUGAACGAUAAUGAAUGCGAUUGGACGAAACAAAACCACGAGAGUUAUGUGAAGCCUGAAGUUAAUGUGAAAUUGGAGGGAGAUGGAUUAUCUGAUGAUGAUGGUGAUGAUGACUGUGAUGAUUAUAUUCAAGAUGAUGAUGAUAUGAGUGUUUCAAUAAAUAGUGGCGAUGAUAUGGUGUUGGGUGAGCUAGAACUAAUUUCUAGAUUCGAUAGGCGCAGUCUAAAACCUUUGCCGACUCGGGCGACCCUCUUCCAUACUUGUGAGAAUUAUGUCAAGCAUUUGGACUCUUUGAAAGGAAAACUAAUAACAUCGAACACGAUCAAGAACCUGCUCGAGCGACAGCGCAAGACCUCAUCCAUGUAUUUGACGGAGAAAAUGGCGCUAAUAAAUAACAUAACGAUGUUACUACAGCACUCCAAUAUGGCGCCUUUCAAACCGAAACGGAGGUCCGGCGUGCUCUGCUACUACUGCAGGAAAACUUUCGACGGCUUCGAGAAACUGCAUAACCACCAAGACGUGGAAAACUGCAAGAGGCUGAUGAAGAAGAUCCUGACCAAAUCCUGCGCCGAGAGCCUGGUCAUUUACGCGCACGUGUCUGACCUGAAAUGCACCAUAUGCGACGCCGGCGUCGAGAACUUGAACGGCCUAAAAACCCACUUGGCCAGCGCUCACAAGAAGCAGAUCUUCACGCAGUACAGCGACAGAGUUGUCCCGUUCAAGCUGAUAAAGGGCAACGAGUUUCAGUGCCAGAUCUGCGGCUUCAGCUUCGAGACGUUCGGCUCCAUAGAGCGGCACAUGAACGUGCAUUACCGGAACUACGUCUGCGACCAGUGCGGCGCCGGUUACAUGACCAAGUCCAGGCUGAAGGUCCACUGGCGGUACUCGCACGAGACCGGCACGUUCCCGUGCGAAGUGUGCAAGAAAGUGUUCCCCUCCCAGCAUAAGUUCAACUGCCACUACGACAUAGUGCACCGGUCGGUGAAGAAAAAUAAGUGCACGAAGUGUCCGCUGCGUUUCGCGGAUUAUUUCAACAAGCACAAACACAUGGUGGAGGUGCACGGUGAACCGCCAUUGCAGUAUAAAUGCAACGUGUGCGACGCGGUGUUCCGGCGGCGUUACGCGCUGUCGUGUCACGUGAAACGGCGCCAUCUUGAGAUGCGCGACGUCCAGUGCGAGCUGUGUGCGUACAAGUGCUACACGGGGACGGAGCUGAAGGUGCACAUGAUAAAACAUGUCGGUGAGAGGACGUAUCAGUGUAGUGUGUGUAAAAAGUCGUACGCGCGGAAGAAAACGCUGAAGGAGCAUAUGCGGAUACACGCGAACGACAGGCGGUACGUGUGCGCGCUGUGCGGGCAGGGGUUCGUGCAGAACUGUAGCUUGAAGGGGCACAUGCGGGCGCACCACGCGGCCGAUGUGGGCAAGGUGUAGUCUGAAUCGCGCUAUUGAAGUUUUUUUCAAACUAUACAUAUGACAAAGUAAAUGAGAUAGCCUGUGGAGGCCAAGACCCGAUUUAGUCAAUGAUUAUGGGAGACGGGUUGCUAGUGAGAUGGUCAUUUCAUAC